CCAGCAGAGAGGUAUGAUAGUACCUAUUACUCUCGCUUGUCUCGUAUGUCUUUCGAACUGUUUCGGUCGCUUCUCUCCAGACUACCGCGCGCCCCCCUCGUUCGCAGUACUUACCCUGUCGACGGUCAAAACAAAGGCUCGUCCUGCUGACUGCUGUGUUUACCAUAAGUAUGAUCAAUUUCGAUCUCGAUUCGUACUUAGUUAGAAAGAAGGGCUGCAAUAAUCUUCUCCUCUCGUUGGAUGAUGAGUAAAAGCUGCAGGCACAUCCACCUGAUGUGGUGUGUCAGUUUUCAACAAUUUCAUGACGAUUCACGACUCUUAAGCAUACUGCUGUUCUGGUAAUGUACCUGUGCGAAUUUCUACCACAACAACUACUGUUGAGUCUCAAUAACAAGAAGAUCAAUCUACUUUAAGAUCGUGUUGGACUUCAAAAACUCGAAAUAUAAGAGACCUGAGCAACAAGAUGACGCGAGGACGCUCCAAGUCCUUGCAGCGCUCUACCUUUGUAGUUUCUACGACUACAGCCCUCUGUGGAGGCGCUUUUGGACGCGAACAGGCUAAUGAAGCGUUUUCGUUUCGCGGCUCUCAUAGACUGGCGAGACUAGAGUUAAGGCUGCCCUUCUUGUCCUCUAAUGUGUUCCCAUCGUCGGAGGUAGACGAGGUUGUAGAUGAUAAGUUAGCACGUGGCGGCGGCCCUUAAGGGAGGGCCUAUUAUUAGCCUAACUCUAUUACAAGCACCCCUCAAGGAGCCUCCUUGAGGAGCAUCUUUGUUCCUUAAGGAAAAGCUAGAUUUUAACUUUUUGUAGUUUCCUUCUAAGGAAGGCGCUUAAGGAAGACUCUUAAGGAUUUCUUUGGGAGAAGAUGCUUAGUACCCUAUGUAUAAAUACUUACUAACAUUCCCAUCAUCGGAGGUAGAGGCUGUAGAUAGAGGUACGUAGGUCUGGCUCAGGCACUCGCCCUUUCCCUGAUUUUCCAUCUACUGCAGACUCAUUGGUAGUAGGCCCAUCAUCCUACUUGCUUGGACGGUCGUGAAUAUGAACUGUCCCUUAACAAGAUGUUGAAGCAUGUUCAGAAGUAGCAUCUAAUAGAACGGGAACACCAACAAGCUCAAGAAGAUACAAGCGCGACAGAUGGGAUGACAUCCGAUGACAUGCAAAUUGCAGCCGGGGGACAAAUGUACUUUUUUCUGACUUUGACCUUCUGUUAUCGUUGGCCCGUCUGUCAUCGCUCUCAAUGUCAACAUCUUCUUCAUCUUCUUCUAUUUUCAUCGUCAUGUUGUUCCCUCCCCUUCAUCCUCAUUUUUGAGGUCAUUUAUCAUUUGGCCUAAUCGUCAUUACCUUCUGCUUCACAGGAGUAAUAGUAACACGAAGAAGAGACAUGCGAGAACAGCAUCACAAACGCCACCGACGAGCCCCUCGAAGCAGUCGAUUACGAAGAGUCAAAUAAGUACUUUGACUUUGUCACAUGAAUUGAGCUUGAGCGUCUUCAUCUUCUUCGGGGCGUUCUCUUUGUGCUGCAGCGUGAUGGUGAGAUCCAAACUUCUGUUUUAGAGAUGAAGAGGGUUGUUAGAUGCAUAACAAGUAGGAAAAGUACAACUUGAACUUUGGUUUCGUCAACAUUCGAAUUGUAACAAGUACACCAGGAUGCUUAUGAGACACUCUUCUUGUACGGAAGCACUAUGAUACUCACACCUUUUCGAUCUUCAACAAGUACACAUCCACGACUUCUAAUUUGACGUUUCUCGAAAGCGAAAGCGAAACUAAGGCACCAGGUUGUCUGGGCAAUAUGCGACUUGGCUGCCUUGGUGAGGAUGACUCUGGUGCUGGGACAGCAAACGGGAGUGCGCGAAGUACUUGUGAACCUGAACCCUCAUAGUUCUUUUAUUUCUUACCCUUACGACGUUUUAUCUUCAGAUUUUUGAUCCGUCCAAUAAGAUACAGUGUUAUUCUUGAUUGAUAUUGAUGUUGUCAUUCUUCAUUUUUGAUCGUAACCACAACAGGAGUGCAUUCGUGAAAUUUGAGAAAUAUGAUAACCAAACCAGAUCAACCGCAACCGGCGAAAUUAGUGCCUCCUGAAGAUACACAGGAUCCGGAUCUCAGCGGUUCGACUCCUUUUUGUCUUCAUUUGAGAAGUCAUCUAAAAGACCUUUUUAGGUCCUCUUGCAAGACGUUUUUGAAUGAACAGUAUCAAUCUUCUAUACAUGUUGCAUCAUGUCCUGUUUAGGCUCGCGCUUCCUCGCGCCAUUCUUCGGAAUCUUGUCAGGAACUGUCUCACCUUGCCGAUGGUUAACGAAGACCAUUUGAGGUGCAUUGAUGAUGAUCCCCCACGUGGCAUCAUGUCGAGCUCAACUUUGAUUACACUAUCACUAAGCAAAUAGCUCGUGUAUCUCAUUCAUCCUCCCAUCACCAGAUUUCUGCAAGGGGAGUGAAGUCAAAUAUCUGCGUACAAAAGCGAGUGGAAGUGACCCCUUCUUCGUUUAAGGCAUUCUCAUUCAGAAAUCCAUCGUCUAGAACAUCUUUGAAGAGAACGAAAGCGGGGACCGAAAUGCCUCUGGUGAUGGAUUUCUGCACCUUCUAAUUCGUGUUCGGAACCACAGCAAAGAGAGAGACUGGGAAAGCGCCAUCGGAUCUAGCAAAGGAGGCACUUGACACCGUCAAGACGGAGCAGAAGAUAGUUUCGCGUGGGGAUUCGCCCUGUUUCGCUGAAACUGCGCAAAAUGGCAAGUGGGUGGCUGCCGAACCCGAAGAUGAAACGAUCGAGAUUAAGGCGGAUACGAAUAACAGCAAUCACAACGUUGGUUUUAGUGGUCAUCUUCAUGUGUAUACGCUGUUUCAACAAGAAGUUGAUACAAAGUUGAUACAAAGUUGAUACAAUUAUUUGUUAGAUACCGUAUUCGUAUCCAUUUAGGAUUUUCGAAGAUAAUGAGCUAGUGGAAGAAAAAUUCAGAAUACGCAUAAAUUUCGCUGAAAUAAAGCCAUGACUGAGAGGAGUUGAGGCAAACAUGAUUUUAUUGAUUCCCACCUACGAGUUCCGAAAUUAAUUUCCUACAAAUAGCAAUACUACAACCACCUUCGCGUUCGCCAUUAAUCCCAGGGAGACACCCCUAAUACUAGGUGCAUAUCUAGACAAAGAGAAUGUUUUAGAUAUGUCGGCCCCUUUUGGCUAUUUCUAAGUUAUAAGGAAAGGGGGAACACCAACGCCAACACUUAUAUAAAUAUGUUUCAGGGCUGCACGGUGCCCCUCCCUGUGGUGUGGUCUGUGGUGGCGCGCGCGCGCGCUUUUCCGCGCUGAUUUUCGCGGUUUCUAGUUGUGAAAGGCGUCAAAACUUGGCGCGGGCCUCCCCUUGCGCCUCUCAGCGUGUCCCGCAUGGACCUCCUGGCCUCUGCUGGCCCUCGCAGGUGGGAGGUCUCCGGGGUAAAAGGCCACGGUCGCAAGAGCAAGCAAGCCGAUGACCAAGGGCCCGGAGGGUACAGGCUGCACGGCUCAGGGGGUCCAGCCCCUCGCCUUUUGCCGCCUUCGGAGGCCUUCCAAAACUGGCGCACUGCUGCGGCGGCGAAGCAUAUCGGAGGCGCUUACUUAGGUCACCGGCAGGCACCUGGACGGGGGCGCAGGCGGUCCCUUGGGCCCCUUUCGAAGCCUCCCACCUACGUCGGAGGCCUGGAGGGAACAACCAGGCAGCUGGAGGGGUUCGGAGGAGGGAGGUCGCUUGGCCCUCUUUUGAGGCCUUCCACCCCCGGCAGACGCCUUAAAAAGGGGCCGGGGGCUGCACGGUACCCCCCGGGGGGGUGUGCCGUCGCCCUGCGCCCUGGAUCAUAUAUAAAGAAAGGAAGGCUCGGCGAAUCCGAUUUGAAUUGUAUUCAAGGAAAUGAAUCGGAAAGUGAUGAAUGCUCCGUCUCUAAUCUUGAAUGGACUCCCAGCGACCAAACCGCACCGCUACCAUGGGUGCAGGCGGGCAAUCCCUGCCAUUACGAAAUGUGGCAAGCCGCAGAAGCAGAACCAGAAGCAACGGGCCAGUGGGUAUCAAGGGAGGGCAAAUGCACAGAGCAGAGCUUCCAACUAGUAGGGGAGCCAGAUGAAACUGGUGCGACGUGUAAGGAGCUCGUGUGCAAACCAGAAGAAGGAGAGAGCAUUAACAUUGCAAACGCCUUCGGCGCGGACGAAGGUUCGUAAAGAUGAAUUAGACUUGUUUUCCAAUAAUUAUUGCUAACAUUCAUUAUCAUUACUACAGUGAAGGAGAUAAUGAUAAUGUCUUAACUUCAAUGAAUGAACCACGACUACCACGGUUUCUCAAUCUUACCAUCACCAGAUCCCUGUAAAGCGGAAAAGGGGUACUUUAAGUACGUAAAAAAUGAUGCGGCCGGACAUUUAACGAUGGAUUCCUUUGUGUGGAAACCACUGGUGAAGAACGCCGCCAACUACAAACCCGCGGAAGGCGAGGUCAAGAGCAUCCCACCGAAGCUUCGGAUACCGAUAGUAGAAAAGGAUGGAAACAACCUGGGAACUACGUGUUUCGACGAAACAAAGGAGGGCGCUUGGGAGGAAGUGAAGGAAAUCUUCAACAACAACGAGGAAACCCUUUGGAUUAAGGCCAGCAACAAUUGUAUCAAUUAUAGAGUUCUUCUUCAAAUUAUCACAUGAUCUAGUCCGAUCCCACUGAAGCUGAAGAUCCUCCCGUUCCUGCCUACAAUCGAAUCUAUUUCAUGAUUGAUAUGAUACUAUUAGAGGUCGAGGUAGUACUAGAGGCGUCCGCGUCGACAUUUUUACAACAGUUAUCCUCUCUGUAUGUUGUGAAAGUAAAUGUGACCGUUUUCGUGUCGUUGCAUCGUCAUACUGCUCUUCCUCUUUGUACAUAGAUUCUUAUCCUACAUACAGAAAAACAAAAAUUCGAAAGUCAAUAGAAACGACUUUCAUUGAAUGGUGUCCGGAUCAGUUGUAGUCUGUCAGGAGGAAAAGUAGUUGAUGUUUCCAAUGGAAUCAUACAAGAAGUAGGCAGAAAAAUAUAUUUCUUACUGAUUGUUUGAGCUGCAUCUUUCCAAUGCUUUUAGAGUUAAGAGAGAAGAAGACGUACUAACCGUAAAGGCGCUGUUGUUAGAGACAUAUGCGUUGCACAAAGACAAAGUCUCUACUUGUGAUACUUGAGUAAGACAAUCUAUUUUAAUUGCUCUAAUAUUCGAUGGGUUCCUGAGAAGGAGCGCGCAGCGUUACCAUGGCUAGAGGAGGGCGCCGAAUGCCUUUACUACGAUGGCGCAAACAGUACUCCUUGGCAGACGGGUGAAUGCAAGAAGAAACUCCUACACUCGGAGUGUUUCCAGUUGGAGUGUGGACCAAAAGCAACAUAA